GGCGGCGAGCGGCGGCGCGGGGCCAUGGUGAAGAUCGGCGUGCAGCAGCCGCCGGCUGCUCUCAAACCCGAGAAGGCGAAGGCGGCGGCUGGCGGCGAUGGGGCGGCGGGCGCCGUGCUGCUGCCCGCGGGCGCCGAGGAGCCGGUUCCCGCCGUGCAGGGCCGCAGGUCAUCGCUCAGCGGGGUGUGCUACCUGACCAUGGGACUCCUCGUACUGCUGCUGGGCUUGGUCUUUGCCUCGAUGUAUGUGUACAGAUACUUCUUCAUCACACAGCUGCCCCACGAGAGCGUGUUUCACUGCGGUGUCCUUUACGAAGACUCGCUGUACUCACCCUUCAGAGGGCAGCUGGAGCUGCACGAAGACGUCAAGAUUUACAUCGAGGACAACUACGAGCAAAUCAACGUCCCGGUGCCACAGUUUGGUGGGAGCGACCCUGCGGAUAUCAUCCACGAUUUCCAGCGAGGCCUGACAGCUUACCAUGACAUAAGGCUGGACAAAUGCUACGUCAUUGAGCUCAACACCACUAUCGUGAUGCCUCCUCGCAACCUAUGGGAGCUGCUGGUUAAUGUGAAGAAAGGGACAUACCUGCCUCAGACAUACAUAAUCCAGGAGGAGAUGAUUGCAACUGAGCACGUCAGUGACAUGGAGCAGCUCGGCUCCUUCAUCUACCGCCUGUGCAGCGGCAAGGAGACGUACCGGCUCAAGCGGCGAAGCGCCAGGAGACGUAUCAGUCGACGGGAGGCUGGAAACUGUCAUCGGAUUCGUCACUUUGAAAACACUUUUGUGGUCGAAACCGUUAUCUGCCAAAAGUCGUGAAGCUGCUCUCCACAUGCAACCUUCCUUGGCUUUGCUUGCACACACAUGCUCUCAAGCCCCCUCUCUAGACAUGAGAAUCUAUCUGUUUUUUUACUCCCUCCCCUGCUUGUGCAGCUCUAACCUCUUGGUUCCAAUGUGGCCUCACAGUUGAUUCUCUUCUCUCCCUGCUACCUACCCGAGAUGUUUGCUGGGCUUAAAUUUACACAGUGGUCAAAGAUAACCUGGGAGUAGAUGCAGCUUCUUCCACACCACAGAUGGGAAUCUCUUUGGGGAGCAGGUUUGGAGUAGAAGAGAUGGCUGGAAAUAGGUGCUUUUUUCCUGGCUGAGCGAUUUCAGGCUGGUAUUAGUGCUUUGAGGCCACCUUGACACUUACAAUAGUUAUGAUUUGGUUCUUGCAAUCUAGGCAGUUUUUUUGGCUUAAAAGAGUGGGGUGAGUUUCAAUUUGGCACAUUCUUGUUAAUUUUUUUCCAGCAAAUCUGGACUUGUUCAGUGUGUGUUGAAGUGAGCUGCUUGUUUUAGAAGAGGGAGAAUAAAGGAAAUGCAAGUACAAUCAUUAACUCAUCACAACCAAAAAGUAGUGAAUAUAUUCUAGAAUAAAACUUUAAUAAUAGUGUGAGUUCAUUAUGUGAAAACAAAACAGGGUCUCAGAAUGGUCAGGUAGUGCAAUAAGAAUUAGUAUGUCCUUAGAGACUGAGGAUUUAUUUUUAUAUAUAAACAUAGGCAACUAUAAAUAUUAAGUUUUAACAAGUAGAGGACACACUGGUUUCAUUUUCCAUUAAGCUUGAUGUAAAAUGAAGAGCUGUAUGCACUUCAUACAGGUUGGUGAGGAAAGUUUCCCACUGCCAGAGGGGUAUUUGCAGUUCCAGUGUUGUGUUUUUCCAAGGAGAACGUGUUGCCCUAACAUUUCAUUGAGGAGUGGAUGACAAGUAGUGGCUUAGACAAAUGGGUUGCUUAUGGAAGUGCUACAUACUGGUAAAUUUAAGCCCUGCAUUUCUCUUUGUUUCUAGGCACCUAAGCCUGCACUCAGGCAAGCAUACAGGCCUUUUUCCCCUUCCUUCUGAUUCUGCAUGAAUUAACUGGUCAUUGAAUAUGCUAAUUCUGUGCAGUCCCACAGCUGUAAGGACAAACCUUGGUUGUUUAAGGUGAACUGAUGUAGUCACUGUUUCAUAGGAUGAGAGUGCAGUUGUAUAGAAGGAAAACAUAAGAUGCUUUGUAUAUUUUGUCUGGCAAGACUCUUACUUCUUAGGAAAAUUCCAUGGGAUAAUAAAAUCUUUUACCUCUGAUA